CACUUUUUUUUUUACUCGCAAGUCGGCCGCAAAGAAUAAAUGUGAAUAAAAAUAAAAAUAACGUGAAGAAUUCUAUGUGAAUUGUAUGUUUUAUGAAUCAAUUAGGGAAAAUUGAACAGCAAGUUUGCCGAGUAGUUAUUCUUUGAGAUUUCAUUUUCGGUUUUUGUGGAAUUUGGAAUAGAACAAAAUUGAAUUCUUUGCGGUUCGAAUUGUGGACAAUUUGCAAGAGGCGCUAAAAUGACGACGGACAUUUCAAUUGUUCGAUGGGACCCCAGUCAGGGUCCUGGCAACGAAUAUAUCGAUGAAUACGAAUACGAUGGCGGCAAUUCCAGCAGCCGGCUCUUCGAGAGAUCCCGCAUCAAGGCGCUCGCCGAGGAGCGUGAGAGCGUACAGAAGAAGACAUUCACCAAAUGGGUGAACUCGCAUUUGUGCCGUGUCAACUGCCGCAUCGCCGAUCUCUAUGUGGACAUGCGGGAUGGCAAGCACUUGAUAAAGCUGCUCGAGGUCCUCUCCGGCGAAAGAUUGCCCAAGCCCACGAAGGGCAAGAUGCGUAUACAUUGCCUUGAGAAUGUGGACAAGGCUCUGCAGUUCUUGCGUGAACAGCGCGUCCAUCUCGAGAACAUUGGCUCCCACGACAUUGUCGAUGGCAACGCAUCCCUCAAUCUCGGCCUUAUCUGGACGAUUAUCUUGCGUUUCCAGAUCCAAGAUAUCACCAUCGAGGAGGUCGACAACAAGGAGACCAAGUCCGCCAAGGACGCCCUGCUGCUCUGGUGCCAGAUGAAGACCGCUGGCUACCACAACGUGAAUGUGCGGAACUUUACAACAUCGUGGCGCGAUGGCCUGGCCUUCAAUGCCAUCAUACACAAACACCGUCCAGAUCUAGUGCAAUUUGAGAAGCUAUCGAAAACGAAUGGCAUCCACAAUCUGAACAAUGCCUUCGAUGUCGCCGAGGAUAAGCUGGGACUGACCAAGCUGCUCGAUGCCGAGGAUGUCUUCGUCGAGCAUCCCGAUGAGAAAUCAAUCAUCACCUACGUGGUCACCUACUAUCACUACUUCAGCAAACUGAAGCAGGAGACGGUGCAGGGCAAGCGUAUUGGCAAGGUCGUUGGCAUUGCCAUGGAGAACGACAAGAUGAUCCAUGACUAUGAGCACUUUACCAGCGAUCUGCUCAAGUGGAUCGAGACAACGAUACAGUCGCUGGGCGAACGUGAGUUUGAGAACUCGCUGGUUGGUGUCCAGGGACAAUUGGCACAAUUCUCCAACUAUCGCACCAUUGAGAAGCCGCCCAAGUUUGUGGAGAAGGGCAAUCUGGAGGUGCUGCUGUUCACUCUGCAGUCGAAGAUGCGCGCCAACAAUCAGAAACCCUACACGCCCAAGGAGGGUAAAAUGAUAUCCGAUAUUAACAAGGCCUGGGAACGCCUCGAGAAGGCCGAACACGAACGUGAGUUGGCGCUCCGUGAGGAACUCAUCCGCCAGGAGAAACUGGAGCAGUUGGCCGCCCGCUUCGAUCGCAAGGCAUCGAUGCGCGAGACUUGGCUAUCGGAGAAUCAACGUCUCGUCAGCCAGGACAACUUCGGCUUCGAUCUGGCCGCCGUCGAGGCUGCGGCCAAGAAGCACGAGGCCAUUGAGACCGACAUCUUUGCUUACGAGGAGCGUGUGCAAGCUGUUGUCGCCGUUUGCGAUGAGCUGGAGUCGGAGCGGUAUCACGAUGUGAAACGCAUUCUGUUGCGCAAGGAUAACGUGAUGCGUUUGUGGACGUAUCUGCUGGAGCUGUUGCGUGCUCGCCGCAUGCGCUUGGAGAUCUCGCUGCAGCUGCAGCAGAACUUCCAGGAGAUGCUCUACAUUCUCGACAACAUGGAGGAGAUCAAGCAACUCCUGAUGACCGACGACUAUGGCAAGCAUCUGAUGGGCGUCGAGGAUCUGCUGCAGAAGCACUCGCUCGUCGAAGCCGACAUUAACAUUCUGGGCGAACGGGUUAAGGUCGUUGUACAGAACUCGCAGAAGUUCCUCAGCGACGAUCCCGAAUCGUACAAACCCUGCGAUCCCGAGAUCAUUGUCAGCCGUGUCCAGCAGCUGGAGGAUGCCUACGCUGAGCUGGUGCGUUUGGCUGUUGAGCGACGCAGCCGAUUGGAGGAGAGCCGCAAGCUCUGGCAAUUCUAUUGGGACACCGCCGAUGAGGAGAACUGGAUCAAGGAGAAGGAGCAGAUUGUGUCGACAGAUGAGAUCGGUCAUGAUCUCACCACAGUCAAUCUGUUGUUGAGCAAGCACAAAGCCCUCGAAUCGGAGAUCACCUCACACGAUCCCCAGCUGCAGAAUGUGGCCAAGGUGGGCGCCGAACUCAUUACCGAGGGUCACUUUGGUGCCGAUCGUAUCAAGGAUCGCCUAAAGGAGAUUCUCUCCAAGUGGGAUCAUCUGCUCGAUCUCACCAAAUAUCGGCGACAGCGACUCGAGAAUGCCGUCGAGUACUUCCAGCUGUUUGCCGAUGCCGAUGACGUCGACAACUGGAUGCUCGACACGCUGCGCAUUGUCUCCAGCGAGGAUGUGGGUCGCGACGAGGCCAACGUUCAGUCGCUGCUCAAGAAGCACAAAGAUGUUGCCGAUGAGCUGAAGAACUACGCCGAGGUUAUUGAUGCUCUGCACAAGCAGGCCGAGACCCUUAAGCUCAACGAGCCGGAGAAGGCGAAUGUGGACAAGCGUUUGGAGGCCAUCGAUUCGCGGUACAAGGAGCUCACGGAGCUGGCCAAGCUCCGCAAGCAGCGUCUGCUGGAUGCACUCAGCUUGUACAAGCUGAUGUCCGAGGCUGAUGGCGUCGAGCAAUGGAUCAAGGAGAAGACCAAGAUGCUGGAUACCAUGGUGCCCGGCAAGGAUAUUGAGGAUGUGGAGAUCAUGAAGCAUCGCUUCGAGGGCUUCGACAAGGAGAUGAAUGCCAAUGCUUCGCGCGUGGCUGUCGUCAAUCAGUUGGCUCGCCAGCUGCUCCAUGUCGAGCAUCCCAACUCCGAUGAGAUCCUGGAGCGCCAGAAUCAUUUGAACCAGGAGUGGUCGACGCUGCGCGAGAAGGCCGAGGCCAAGAUGGAUGACCUGAAGUCCGCGCACGGUGUGCAGACCUUCUACAUUGAGUGCCGCGAGACAAUCUCGUGGAUCGAGGACAAGAAACGCAUCCUCACCGAAACCGACAGCCUCGAAAUGGAUCUGACCGGUGUGAUGACACUGCAGCGUCGCCUUAGCGGCAUGGAUCGCGAUCUGGCCGCUAUUCAGGCGAAACUCUCGAGCCUGGGACGUGAGGCGGACAGCAUUGAGGUGGAUCAUCCCGAGGAGGCACAACUCAUUCGUGAGCGUAUCGCACAAAUCGAACUCAUCUGGGAGCAGCUCACACAGAUGCUGAAGGAGCGUGACUCCAAGCUGGAGGAAGCUGGCGAUGUCCAUCGUUUCUUGCGCGAUCUGGAUCACUUCCAGACCUGGUUGACCAAGACCCAGACCGAUGUGGCCUCGGAGGAUACACCCACGUCACUGCCCGAAGCUGAGAAGCUUCUCAACCAGCAUCAGUCCAUCCGCGAGGAGAUUGACAACUACACCGAGGACUACAAGGUGAUGAUGGAGUACGGUGAGCGCUUGACCUCCGAGGGCAGCACCACCGACGACCCGCAGUACAUGUUCCUGCGCGAGCGUCUCAAUGCCCUCAAGGAUGGCUGGGAGGAGUUGCACCAGAUGUGGGAGAAUCGCCAGGUGUUGCUCUCCCAGAGUCUCGAUCAGCAGCUGUUCAAUCGGGAUGCACGCCAGACCGAAGUGCUGCUCAGCCAGCAGGAGCAUUUCCUCAGCAAGGACGACACUCCGGUUAAUCUGGAGCAGGCAGAGAAUCAGCUGAAGCGUCACGAAGCGUUCCUCACCACCAUGGAGGCCAACGACGAUAAGAUCAACACACUGCUGCAGGUCGCCGAUACGCUGGUGGAGAAGGAGCACUUUGAUGCCGACAAGAUUGGCAAGCGGGCUGAGAACAUUACCGGACGUCGCGAUGAUAAUCGCCAGCGUGCGUUGGAUCAGCACGAGAAGCUCAAGAACCAGGUAAAAUUGCACGAAUUCCUGCAGGAUCUGGAGGAGUUGGCCGAAUGGGUGCAGGAGAAGUAUGUGACAUCGCAGGAUGAAACAUACCGCAGCGCCAAGACCAUUCACUCCAAGUGGACCAGGCAUCAGGCCUUUGAGGCUGAGAUCGCUGCCAACAAGGAGCGUCUCUAUGAGGCUGAAAAAUCCGCCCAGGAGCUGUCAAAGGAGAAGCCCGAAUUCAAGGAUGUCAUCGAGCCGAAGCUCAAGGAGCUGGCCAAGCAAUUCGAUGACCUCGAGGUGCACACCAAGGAGAAGGGAGCCCUGCUGUUCGAUGCCAAUCGCGAGGUGCUCGUCCAACAGACCUGCGAUGACAUUGACUCGUACAUCACCGAUCUGGAGAAGCAAAUUGUCAGCGGCGACACUGCCAACGAUUUGACCUCGGUCAAUAUACUUAUGCAAAAGCAACAGGUCAUUCAGACACAGAUGGCCGUGAAGGCCCGACAGGUGGAGGAGAUUGACAAGCAGACCGAAUAUCUGCAGAAGACGGUGCCUGAGGAGAAAAUCGAACCGAUUGUGGUUAAGAAGACGGCGGUGCUCGAGCGCUUUGAGAAGAUCAAGGCGCCAUUGUUGGAGCGCCAAAAGCAGCUGGAGAAGAAGAAGGAGGCGUUCCAAUUCUGUCGCGAUGUCGAGGAUGAGAAAUUGUGGAUCGAUGAGAAGCUGCCGGUGGCCAAUUCCACCGACUACGGCAACUCCCUCUUCAAUGUCCAUGUGCUGAAGAAGAAGAACCAAUCGCUGGCCACCGAAAUCGAUAACCACGAGCCACGCAUCAAUGCCAUCUGCAACAAUGGCCGCAAGCUGAUUGACGAGGGUCAUGAGGAUGCCAAGAAAUUCGAGGCGCUGAUCAGCGACUUGACACAAAAGUGGCAGGAGCUGAAGGACGCCAUCGAGAACCGCAAGAAGCAUUUGCUCGAGUCGGAGAAGGUGCAACAGUACUUCUUCGAUGCCCAAGAGGCCGAGUCGUGGAUGAGCGAACAGGAGCUCUACAUGAUGGUCGAGGACCGCGGCAAGGAUGAGAUCAGUGCCCAGAAUCUGAUGAAGAAACACGAGAAUCUGGAGCAAUCGGUCGAGGACUACGCCAACACCAUUCGCCAGCUGGGCGAGGUGGCGCGUCAGUUUAGCAGCGAUGAUGUCUCCAGUGGCGACGCCGUUGCCGUCAAGCAAUCCCAGCUGGACAAACUCUAUGCCGGUCUCAAGGACCUGGCCGGUGAGCGACGUGCCCGUCUCAACGAGGCCCUGCAGCUGUUCAUGCUCAGUCGCGAGGUCGAUGAUCUGGAGCAAUGGAUUACCGAUCGUGAGGUGGUUGCCGGUUCCCAGGAGUUGGGACAGGACUUCGAUCACGUGACGCUGCUGUCGGAGCGCUUCAAUGAGUUUGCCCGCGACACCGAAGCCGUUGGCGGUGAGCGGGUGGCCAAGGUGAAUGGUAUUGCCGAUAAUCUGAUACAGGCGGGACAUUCGGACUCCGCUACGAUUGCCGAGUGGAAGGAUAACUUGAAUGAGUCGUGGCAGGAUCUGCUCGAGCUGAUCGAGACACGCACCCAAAUGCUGGCCGCUUCACGGGAACUGCACAAAUUCUUCCAUGACUGCAAGGAUGUGCUCGGUCGCAUCCUCGAGAAGCAGCACGGUGUAUCGGAUGAACUGGGUCGCGAUGCUGGUUCCGUGUCGACGCUGCAGCGCAAGCACUACAAUUUCCUGCAGGACCUCACCACACUGUACUCGCAGGUGCAGCAAAUCCAGGAGGAGUCCGCCAAGCUACAGGAUGCCUAUGCCGGUGACAAGGCCAAGGAGAUUACCAAUCGGGAGCAGGAAGUGUUGCAUGCCUGGGACAAUUUGCAGGCCAUGUGCGAUGCACGCAAACAGAAAUUGGCCGACACCGGCGAUUUGUUCCGCUUCUUCAACAUGGUGCGCAUUCUCACCAUCUGGAUGGAGGAUCUGGUGCGUCAAAUGAACACAUCGGAGAAGCCCCGCGACGUCUCCGGCGUCGAGCUGCUUAUGAACAACCAUCAGAGCCUGAAGGCCGAGAUCGAUACACGCGAGGACAACUUCGGUGCGUGCAUAUCGCUGGGCAAGGAGUUGCUCACCCGCAACCAUUAUGCGUCCGCUGAUAUUAAGGAUCGCCUGAUGCAGCUAAACAACAGCCGCAACGCGCUGCUGCGACGCUGGGAAGAGCGAUGGGAGAACCUUCAGCUAAUCCUGGAGGUGUAUCAAUUCGCCAGAGAUGCUGCCGUUGCCGAGGCUUGGCUUAUCGCCCAGGAGCCUUACCUGCUAUCUUCCGAACUGGGACACACCAUUGACGAGGUCGAGAAUCUGAUCAAGAAACACGAGGCAUUCGAAAAGUCCGCUGCGGCACAGGAGGAGCGCUUCAGUGCCCUUGAGCGUUUGACAACGUUUGAGCUUAAGGAAAUGAAGAGGCGCCAAGAGAUGGCUGAGGAGGCUGAGCGACAACGCAUCAAGGAGGAACAGGAGGCUAAGGCGGCAUCCGAAGCGGCGGAGCAGGCCAAACGUGAUGCGGAGCGUCGUGACGAUGUCGAUGUGGGCAUUGCCCAUGAUGAAACAGCCGCUGCAGACACAGCCGUCGACGUUGAGCGCGUUGUCGAAACACAAACAGAACGUGGCGCCACACCAGCUGCUGGAGAUGGUCAGGAAGGUUAUGUGACACGAAAGCACGAAUGGGAAUCGGCCACCAAGAAGGCAUCCAACAGAUCUUGGGAUAAGGUUUACAUGGCUGCAAGAGCCGGACGCGUUUCGUUCUUCAAAGAUCAGAAGGGUUACAAGAGUAAUCCCGAAUUGACCUUCCGCAGCGAACCCAGCUACGAUCUGCAGGGCGCUGCCAUUGAUAUUGCCAGUGAUUACACGAAGAAGAAGCAUGUGCUGCGAGUCAAGCUCGCCAAUGGUGCCGAGUUCUUGCUGCAAGCGCACGACGAUACCGAAAUGAGCCAGUGGGUCUCAUCACUGAAAGCCCAAAGCGAUUCGGCUGCUGUCGCGGCGAGCAGAUCCCAGACUUUGCCAGCUACUUCACAAAAGGACGAACCAAAGCGCAGAUCGUUUUUUACUUUAAAGAAAAAGUAAAUGGACAACAUUAAGAGCAGCUAAUUAAAACAAGAAAAACAAAAAAUGAACAGAAAAACAACAAAACAAAAAAUACAUAUAUUUUUUUCAUAUAUUUAAUGCAACCUUAUUUCAUAAAAAAAAACAAAAACAAAAA